AGGACGGAUGUGGGGGCUUCGACCAACUUCGUGUUACGUCACGACAGUGAUUUAGUGUCAAUUCGUAAAAAUGGUGAAGCAUACAAACUGUAACCUUCCAUGUGUCGCUGCACUGUGGCUUUUGGUAUGCUGUAGAGAAUCGGACUCCAUCAAAAUAGUGAAAUUGACAGUGCCAGAAGUGAUACAAUACGGAGCGCAGGACACAGCGCUGUUGGACUGUGACUUCACGUACGGGAACGACACGCGCGGGCUGGUGCUGAAGUGGUUCUUCCAGAGCCGGACGCGGCCUGUGUACCAGUGGAUCGCGGGCCACCAGCCGCAGGCCAUCGGCAUUCUGCGCGGGCGGGUGGACCUGACGCACCGCGCGUCCGCCGACCCGCUGACCGAGUACCGCGCGCUGCGCAUCGUCAGGUUGGGCACCGAUGUCUCCGGCAACUACACCUGCGUUGCCUCCACGUUCAUGGAUGAGGAUUACGCGACUAAACACAUGACCGUAUUCGUGCCGGAGACGAGUUUCCGUCUGAUCCAGAACAAGAGUGACGACGACACCGUCAACGUGAUCUGCGCGGCCGACGGCGCCUUCCCCGCGCCAACCCUGACGCUCGCUACACCUGAGAGGCGUCUAGAAGAUGUUACUCACAGCGUGUCCGUCGUUGGGGACCGCUACUCAGCCGUUGCCAUGGUGACGCUGAGGGACGAAGACCUGCCGUCGCCAGCAGAGUUCAUCUGCACACUCCGGGUUCCAGUAGCCAACUACGUCGUCAGAAAGGAGGCUAUAUACUACCCAGGUCCAAUCAGCACAACUCCAGAAAUACCGACAGCAGCAGACAUGCAGCUCGCAGCCGCAGUGGGCUCCACAGGUACUAAGUUGAAUAUAAUUAUGUGGGCGUUAUUUUGGACGAGCUUUACUAUUUUUAGCAUAAAUUAAGGUUAUCUAUAAUUUUA